AAAUUCUUUCAAUGUUUAUUUUAAAACCCGCAAGUAAUGUUGGCACGAAGUUUAAUGAAAUCUGAUCGUGUGUAGUUACACUUUACACAGCGUUACGUUAGGAGUCGUAUGCCCGUAACACAAUUGUACGAUGGCAAACACGGACCCGAAUCAAACCUUGGCGGCGAUGUUACAAUGCACGAGGGAACGUGAAUGCAUCAUUGUACCGUUUUUAGAAGGCAACCAUCAACACGAGCAGCAGCUCCUACUUUAUUAUUUGAAAAUGGUCCAUUAAGAUUGGUGGAGGCCAGCAAUGAGUCAAAACUGUCCCUGCCUGUGGACCGAGGUUCCCCAGACCAGCACUACCCCAUGUGACCGCUGCAAGCAUGCCUGCUGUGCCUACGAUGGCUAUGUCUAUAUCCUGGGAGGAAGAGACAACAGCACUCUACGGGAUUUCUGGAGGUACAGUGUUGUGCGCAAUGAAUGGACAGAGUUGAGCUGCAGAGGAGAGACGGCACCAGAAGAAGUCGAGGAACAUUCCAUGGUCGUUCAUAAGGGCUUCAUAUACGUGUUUGGAGGCAUACUGGAUUCUGCAUAUACUGCGCUGACAUGUCCUCUGUGGGUGUUUGAUAUUGCAAAGCAGAAAUGGCUGCACUGUCAGAGAAAGACAAGCUCUCUUCAGACCCAGAUGCCGACUAACAGGAAGGGCCAUAGUGCGGUGGUGGUGGGCUCAUCCAUGCUCAUGUACGGCGGCUUCAUAGACAUAAAAGGAUCUUCUCAGGAGUUCUGGAGUUUGGAUUUUGAUACCAUGGUUUGGGCACUGAUUGGUGGUAAUCAGCAUGGGUCUCUGAGCCCAGGACCAAGACACAGUCACUCUGCAAUGGUCUACCAAACUUGCAUGUACCUGUUCGGGGGCUUGAAAGGCUUGCGAGAGCAGAGAGACUUCUGGAAGUGGAAUUCUGACAGCUGUACAUGGAGUUCACUCAAAACCAAAUUGGGACCCUCCAAACUCUUUGGUCACUCAGCUGUGGCCUACAAGGACGGCAUGCUUCUUUUCGGGGGAGGAGAGAGCCAGAACUAUCCAAAUAACUUCCUGUGGAGGUACACCUUCUCCACUCACACGUGGAGUCAGGUGAGCACAGUGCCGGGGUCAUCGCGCCCUCCGGACAAGAUGCACCACUGUUGUGUCGCUAUAGGUGCUGCCUAUGCCGGCGUCUGCUCAGAAGCCCACACGAGACUUGAGCACGGGAAGUUCAAGCCGUUCAAAAACAAAUGUUUUCCUGCUGCCCUCACUUUUCUGGGCUCGGAGGGUGCUAUAGAACUUCAGACGUUCAACCUGGACAAGUGUCCCAAGGCAGAAUGUGGCGGUGACCCUGCAGAAACGGACACAAUUGUUGGCAGCUGUCUGACGUACGAAAACAGAGCUUUCAGCAAACAUUGGAGCUGCACAGAAAAUGAGCUGCUAGAUGAAGAUGAAGAUGCUGAAGACAUAUCACAACAUUUGCCCAACCUCUUACUGGUGCUGGGGGGCCGACCGUGCGCCAAAUAUAAACCCAUUUCUGUGUGGCAGAUGACUCUGGGCGACACUUGACAGCACUCUUGAAAACAGGAUUCCCUUAUUCUGAGAAGAACAGUGUUCAUAGUGCCAUGACACCGUUUUAAUGCCAACACAUACAUGAUAUAUAAACACUUAAUAUACCACGUUAUUUACAUUUUUUACACAUCAUGAUGUUAGGAUUGCACGUGAAUAAAUGGUCACUCUUACGCAGCCAUGCAGAACUUUCCUUUUGGGAGGUAAGUAAGAUAAUUUUAUGCUAAUAGAGUUCAACUAACAACCACUUAAGAGGAACAACAAAUGUGUUCACAAUAUGCAGGUUGCCAUGACGAACUCGCAUGUUCAAGUUGGAUACGACGGUAAGCGUUGGAUUAGUAAACACGACCGACUGCUUGCUGUUUCCAAAACAGUUAAGGAACAAAUUUAGGAAGAGUGCUCAGGAAUUUGCAAUAUUGCGAUUGCACCAAUUUAAGCAAAUUCAACCAAUUACCGUAUUUUCCGGACUAUAAGUUGCACCCACUGAAUUUUAGAAGAGAAAUAUAUUUUUCCAUAUAUUAGCCCCAUCAGACUAUAAGCCUUUGAUAUAUUUUGGUAUGUUUUGAAAUAAGAUAUUCAGAAUUUUUUUUAUAAAUGUUUCUUUCAAAUGGUGCCUGGAACUUUGCAA